AUGACCAACUCCACCUCCAGCAUCGUCACUUCACCGCCCAACACGCUCAUCCACUUCCGCGUCUACACAGUCCAGCUCCUCGCCAGCGGCUCCAAGAUUCCCCGUGUCGAGCUGCAAGAGUGCGGACCCUCGUUCGACUUCCAGCUCCGAAGACGCCGCCCCGCCAGCAUCGACAUGCUCAACCAGGCGCUGCGCAGACCCAAGACGCAAGCCGAGAAGAACAGACAGGGCAAGGACGGCGCCAAGAAGAACAUCGAGACGGACGACAUGGGCGAUACUGUGGGCCGAAUCCACGUGGGCAAGCAGGAUCUCAGCGGUAUGCAGACCAGAAAGAUGAAGGGUCUCAAGAAGCAUCUGGACCCCACAGCUAGCGAUGAUGACGAUGAGCAUGAUGAGGAUAUGGAGGGCGUCUCGGGUGACGAGGAUGAUGACGAAGAGUUGGAAAUGGACGAUAUGACCAUGUACAGCAAUGAGGACGACGAAGACGAGGAUGACGAUGAGGAGGAGGAGGACGAGGAGGAGGAAGAACAAAAGGCCCCUGCUAAGAGGAGAAGAUCCUAG